UUUUUUGGCUUGGAUCUGUACACACACACACACACACACUAAGAAAUGGCGACUCCCAGUCCUAGCACUAACUCCUCAACUUCAUGCAGUAGCAUGAGCUCGGCAGGAUCUCCGCUGCAGCAUCACCCAAUGCAGACUCAACACCUCAGCGCCAUGAGCAGCGUUCAGGAGUCCAACACUUGCUGGAGGUGUCAGAAUGAAACAGGGUUUCAGAUAAAUCUUUCUGGUGCUCCCCAAAGUAAACGCAAAGCACUGAAGCUAAACUUUGCUAAUCCUCCGAUUAAACCGAACGCAAGGCUCCCUAUCGCGUCAGCCAACCCUUCCUUUCAUAACCCACACAUAGAGAGACUGCGCAAUCACAGCAUCGAGUCAUGUGGGAAGCUGAAAAUUUCUCCCGAGCAGCACUGGGACUUCACUGCCGAAGAUUUGAAGGACCUGGGGGAGAUCGGUCGAGGAGCCUACGGCUCGGUCAACAAAAUGGUUCAUAAGCCCAGUGGUCAGAUCAUGGCUGUUAAGAGGAUUCGUUCCACUGUUGAUGAAAAAGAACAAAAGCAGCUGCUCAUGGAUUUAGACGUGGUUAUGAGGAGUAGCGACUGUCCCUAUAUUGUCCAGUUUUAUGGGGCUCUGUUCAGAGAGGGUGACUGCUGGAUAUGUAUGGAACUUAUGUCUACCUCGUUUGACAAAUUCUACAAAUAUGUAUAUUGCUCAUUAGAUGAUGUCAUUCCAGAGGAAAUAUUAGGCAAAAUUACAUUAGCGACUGUGAAAGCACUGAAUCACUUGAAAGAAAACUUGAAAAUAAUCCACAGAGACAUCAAACCCUCCAACAUUCUCCUGGAUAGAAAUGGCAACAUAAAGCUGUGCGACUUUGGGAUCAGUGGACAGCUGGUUGACUCGAUAGCCAAGACUAGAGAUGCUGGAUGCAGACCUUACAUGGCUCCUGAAAGGAUAGACCCUAGUGCUUCUAGGCAAGGCUACGACGUGCGCUCGGAUGUUUGGAGUUUGGGAAUUACGUUGUACGAGCUGGCUACAGGCCGCUUUCCCUACCCCAAGUGGAACAGUGUGUUUGAUCAGCUGACACAGGUGGUGAAAGGAGACCCGCCGCAACUAAGCAACUCAGAGGAGAGACAGUUUUCUCCCAAAUUCACCAACUUUGUCAAUCUCUGCCUUACGAAGGACGAGUCGAAAAGGCCAAAGUACCGGGAGCUUUUGAAGCACCCGUUCAUUCUAAUGUAUGAGGAGCGAGUGGUGGACGUCGCCGGAUACGUGUGUAAAAUUCUGGAUGAAAUCCCUGCCUCCCCAAGCUCUCCCAUGUACGUCGACUGAUAGCGUGUACGUUACCCGAAUGCAAUGUAACACGGCAGCCGUCUCGGCGCACCCCAUUGUCCCGUUUCACGGUUCCACACUGCUUUUAAGGAUCGACACUCCCAAAACAUUGUGUGCAAUAAAGAUCGGCUUUUCAUCUUCAAAACCAUUUGCGUAUCGGUCUGUAAAACAAGCUAGAACAAUAAGAUGAAUAAGAACAAUAAUAAUUUUAUUUGAGGUGUGAUAUUUAUUUUAAUGCCACAUGUAAAUGUUUAGCUGAGCGCAUUAUAGAAAAUUAGAACAAGACUUGAAUAUCCAUUCAAGACACACUUCAUGUUCACGGGAAACGUAAUCAUCGUACUUGAAAGCGAUAAACAGCAAGAACAAGAAAUUGUUGAAACGACAGGUCACGUCGAUAUUCACCUAGAACGAAAACUAAAACCAUGUUGUAUACCGUAUAACAUUUCUGUGAUAGGGUGUGUCAUUUAGAGCAAUAUCUGUAGGUGUAAAGCACAGUUUAUUCGUGGUUGCGCUUUCCGAAAGAGCGUACAGAAGUAUUGGUUGUUCGUCGAAGAAUCCGUUCAAAAUGGUCGGAUCAUUUCUUUUUGAUGUUUCGCGCCGCACAGCGGGGUCUUUUUGAAAUUCCGGCAUUUCAUCUGUAAUGCUUUCUGUGACGUGUUAACUUUGUGGAAAAGACACAGAUGACACUUAGAUGAAGUCUUGUACCAUUUAAGAGAUCAGUUGGUAGGUUGAAAGAGUUUUAAAAAUAAAUACAAAAUACAUCACCACCACCAACAACAAAAAAAGAGUCAUCCUUAAAGUAGUUUUGUAUAAAUAUGCAACUUUAACUCACCAAAUUGUAUUGGAAGAAUAUAAGAAGGCAAAACUCCUGCUAAUAUAGUGUGCACACUUGGAAACAUGUCUCCCUUACUGUAAAACAGUUGAGGUCCCAAAAUCCCUAACGCUACUUUAUAUUUUUGCCACAUUUCCUGAAAUUGGUUCCGACAUCUUGGCUUGUGUAUGCUUUUCUGAAAGAUGUUCAAAUAUCACUGUUUAGGUUACUCACUUUAAAAGAAAUGUACAACACUUUGCCAAAGCAGUCUUUUACUAACUGACAUAAUAGGGUGACUGAAAUAUGACACUAGAUUGAGAGUUGGUGGAAAGGAUUUGUGUGUGUGUGUGUGUGUGUGUGUGUGUGUGUGUAAAAUAGAGCUCAUUUGACACACUUAAGAUUAAGAUGCAUCGCUGACCUAAGAAUGCUUAACUAUACAUCCUUUUUACGGGCGUACCUUAAUAAAGAGAAUCCCAUUAAAAAAAAGAAAAAAAAAAUCUUUCGACUGUACAAAAUGGCAUCGAGCUAGAAUAUUUAAUGUUAGAAGGGAAAUUAUGGAUUUUAUGUAAUGUUAUAUUGUAUCGGUAUAAAGAGUGGGGAAAUAUCUUCAAGAAAUGUUCACACUGUGAAAAGAUUUUAAGUGUAUACAUUGUGAACAGCAAUCUGUAAAAAAAUAAAUUGUAAUUAGAGGAUAUGCAGGGAUAUUGCCUUAUGUCUGCUUUUGGAGAUAUUAACCUCUGACGGUCUGAGCUAUUUGUCUUCUUCACUUCACAUAUUUAAAGGAUAUUGAUAAAAAAAUCUUAGUGUUCUUGUAGUAAUGAUGAGAGCUAAGUAUCUGCCUGCAGGUCAGUUGUGAAAAGGCUAGGAUGUGAUUGUGACCUUAUUGGGCUAUUUUUUUUCUGUAAGGUCUGGAAACAAAUGGACUGAAUGCUAGAAUAAAUCCUAUGAAUUAG